CCGACGUUUCCGGACCCGACUUUCUAGGCGUGUGAAUUCAGACCGGAGCUUGCGCCACACUAGCGAAUCCAGUCACUGCGCCAAGCAGCCGGGCUCAUUCAGAGCACCGCCACGAAGCAGUCGUCAGGGCCGAGUCCUUAAAGCUUGCUGUGAGCCGGCCUCUCCGGCCUCGCCUUUUUGAGACUUCCUGCGUCUCCUUUACGCAACCCGGCGCAUUUCUCUGAACGGGCCAUACCGCAUCCCUCCGGACAGCAAAGGGCACGCCGUUUCCAAGACAAUGAGCCUCCGAGGUUUCCAGAAGAGCGUCUUUCGAGCGCCGCAACAAUUCAAGGCCAAGUUUAACAUUGGCGAGCACACCAAAGAUGCCGUGUAUAUCGACGCCGAGCGGAGGUUCGACGAGCUGGAGACGGAGACGAAGAAGCUCCACGACGAGAGCAAAAAGUACUUUGAUGCUAUCAACGGCAUGCUCAGUCACCAGAUCGAGUUCUCCCAGGCCAUGACCGAGGUAUACAAGCCCAUCAGCGGCCGCGUGUCAGACCCGGACAGCCUCGUGGUAGAGGGUAACCCCGAGGGCAUAAGGGCCUGCGAAGAGUACGAGGCCGUGGUGAAGGACCUCCAGGAGACGCUGGCGCCCGAGUUGGAAAUGAUCGAGAGUAGGGUGAUCCGGCCAGCCAACGAGCUGCUGGACGUGGUCAAGGUGAUCCGCAAGACGGCCGUCAAGCGCGAGCACAAGAAGCUGGACUACGACCGGCACCGCGCCGUGCUGAAGAAGCUGCAGGAUAAGAAGGAGAGGUCGGCCAAGGACGAGAAGGCAAUGUGGAAGGCCGAGAACGAUGUCGAGCAGUCCACCCAGGAGUUCAACUACUUCAACGACCUCCUCAAGGAGGAGCUCCCGAGGCUCUUCGCCCUCGAGCGCGAGUUCAUCCAGCCCCUGUUCCAAUCCUUCUACUACAUGCAGCUGAACAUCUUCUAUACCCUGCACGAGAAGAUGCAACACUGCGAUAUAGGCUAUUUCGACCUGACACUAGAUGUUGAGGAGGCCUUUAACAAGAAGCGCGGCGACAUCCAAGAGCAGACCGAGAAGCUCUCGAUAGUCAAGUACAAGACCUCGGGCCAAAAGAAGCCUCCAAAGUACGGGCCGAAGCCAUCGGCGCUCGAGGGGCCCAAGCCCGCGGGGCUGCUCACAGCGGGGCCUGCAUCGUCCUCCCCGGCGACAGCCUCCGCGCCGAGGAUAGGCUACCAGCGCAGCUCGGACGUCGUCGAGAACCCGCCCCCGCCAUAUUCCCCAGGCCUCGGCCCCGUGUCCCCGGCCCUGGGCGGCGGCAAGACGUCGUUAGCCGCCGCCGCCGCCGCAAAGUCGAAGCCGCCGCCGCCGAAGCCCAAGCCGAGCAGGCUCAGCGGGCUGCCGGCUGCCGAGACGGUGACGGCGCUGUACGACUACUCGGCGCAGGCGGAGGGGGACCUGAGCUUCCGGGCCGGAGACCUGAUCGAGAUCAUCGCUCGCACGGCGAACGAUAACGAGUGGUGGACGGGCAAAUUGCAGGGAAGGCAGGGCCAGUUUCCAGGUAACUAUGUGAAACUGAACAGCUGAUGGGGGGAGGGCACGAACAGCCAGCUACCUAUUUUGUCGAGCAUGGGAGGCGAGUCGCCGGGAUCGGAAGACCGCAUGCCAUAGACGCAUGGAAGGCGCCAUGUUGGGAAUUACGUACCAAGUUUUAUGCUGGGCGGGUGGGGGGUCGGGAUGCUUGUAAGGACGCCAAU